GCAACACAAGUUGUUAGUACAGGCGCAUUUUAAGAUCAGGCUUACGCACGUUUUGGAUGGAGGCAGUAGAGAGUGUUCAACGAACAGAGGAACAGACGGAAAAGGAGGAGGAGGAGUUGCGCUUGAACCCACUACAAGACUCGUGGUCUUAUUACUUGUUCCAGUUCAAUAAGAAUCUCACUUGGGAUGAAUGUCUGGAAAAAGUGGCAACCUUCAACACAAUUGAACAUUUCUGGAGCGUACUUACUCAUACAGUUAGACCAAAAGAAAUAACCAAUGGCAGUGAUUUAUAUAUGUUCAAAUCUGAUAUUAUGCCUAAAUGGGAGGAUCCAAAAAAUGAAAAUGGGGGACGUUGGUUAAUCAAUGUUUCUCAGCGACAGGAUGUUAAUGUUUUGUGGGAUGAAUUGUUAAUGCUGUUGAUCGGUUCUGAUUGGGAUACAGACGAAGAAGAUAAACAGAUAUGUGGGGCAGUGUUCCAACCACGUGUUCGGGGUAACAAGAUUUCAGUUUGGUUGACUAGUGACAAUGAGAAAGAAACGAUUAUGCAGAUUGGAAGGCGAAUUAAAGAGCGUUUGGAAUUAGAAGAUACAAUCUAUUUUCAGCCUGUGUCAGAUCAAAAAUCACAAGCUAGGGGCAAAGAUAUUUGCACUGGAAAAUAUGAAAUCUAGUUGUACCACCGUUGCAUCAACAUAGGUUUGGCAUUCCUUAUACUUCUCUUGGUCAAUUAUGGCGAUUCUGUACAUGUUUCCUUUCAUCUCCCCUGUUUUUUUCUUCAUUUUUUCGAUCUUAAUUGAAGCAUUUAUUGCUGUCAAAUGAUAGAUUGUUUUACAAAUCACAAGAUUAUGCUUCAGCUGUGCUAUUUUGAUUUAAUUUCUUCACGGAAUUGGGAUGCUAUUCUUAUAUUUUGUUAAUUGGUUAUUUAAGAAAUAAACAAAACGAUGUAGAUAAUGACGAUUUUGUCAUUCUAAGAAACAAACGUAGGCGUAAUAUUAUGGAAAUUAAUAGAAUAUUUUGUGAUAAGAUUUCAUAUUCAUUCCUUAUGCUGGUAAAUAGUUC